AUGGAAGCAAAUGCAGUCGAUUUAACUGACUUUGUAAAACUCAACAUCAAGUUCUUGCACGUUUUCGGCUGCUUUUUCCCCGAUUUUCACGGACCGUCUUUGAAAAAAUGCGCCUACUGGGUCUAUAGUGUGGUGGUAGUUGUGUCUCUUUUUGGUUUGUGUUUCGCAAGUCAGAUUACCUUUUUCGUAAUUAGCUAUGGAGACUUUGGGAAAAUGAUGGAAGUGUCAUUUUUGCUGUUCACGAACGUGGCGCAAGCUUUUAAACUGUAUUGCUUUUUAAAUUAUGGGUCGAGGAUAUGGAACUUAUUGCAUAAGAUGAACGAAAACAUAUUUCAACCACGGAAUGAUGUACAGUGUGAUAUAGUGGAGAGUGACAUGAGGGUGUCGAAAAUUAUAACCAAAUCUUAUUUGCUUGCCUGUACCUUAACCUGUAUGUCGUGGAGCAUUUCUCCGUUAACAGAAGAAAGAGGGGGUGGAAAAAUGAGGCUACCGUUGAAUGGAUGGUAUCCUUUCAGGACAGACAAGUCUCCAGUUUUCGAGCUUAUCUACGUUUAUCAGUGUCUAUCGACUUGGCUUAACGGAGUGGUAGAUAUCAGUAUGAACACGUUCAUAUCUGGUACAAUAAUGUUUAUUUCGGCACAACUAAGUAUACUGAACGACGAAUUAGUAAUUUUGGGCGAAAAAGUGGAGGAAGAUAGUGUAAGACGACAUUUUUGUGAUCACCUCCUUCGUUGUAUCAAUCACUACAAAAGUAUUAUAAAGUGA